ACCAGCAACUAUUUUGGGUCUCUCUCACCUUUGAAAUUCCUCAAUGGGGUUGUUCGCGGUGAUAACUCACUGUGGUCCACGUCGAUAGUGCGCUGCUCGCUUGUCUGUUCUGCACAACCCGCUCGACAUCAUGUGGGGUUCACCGACGACGACCGUGGUCACGGUGACGAUGGUUCAGGCGCGCACAGUGCCACAGGAGGUCUGGCAUGUGUUUGAAACACUACUCGAUCAUUCGCCGACCAUCUUAUACGUUUCCUUGAUCCUGACGGCUUUGUUCUUUGGUCUCGCGCUUCCGCUCUAUGUUGUCGUCUAUUUCUUCGCACCUACUCCGCGACCUGCGACGACUUCCGAGAAGCAAUAUAUCACCGUGCUCGAGAAUGGCGCCGUCUCCCCGAAAUUACCCCUACCCUGUUGGCACGAUGGCCACCUCGCCCUGAAAGAGAUGGCGCAAAAGAAGUCCAUUCUGCCUUCGGAGGCCUUUCAAAUAAGUGAAGGAGAAGUCUUCAUGUCGCUGGUCAUACCGGCCUAUAAUGAGCAGGACCGCCUAAUUGGUAUGUUGGACGAGGCUGUGGAAUAUCUAGAGAAACAGUACGGGCAUCACGGCACACCAAGCCGUAGCAGCACAAAUGGGUCUGCACAGGCACAUGGUCGUCAAGGUGAUCCACGUCGCGGCUGGGAGAUCAUACUGGUGGACGAUGGGUCACGAGAUAAGACCGUGGCGGUCACUCUCGAGUUUGCUCGUCGGCAUAUCUUGCGCAGCAGGUUGGCGGCGGCAGGUCAAGCAGUACAGGCCGGAGCGCCGGCCGGAGCGAUUCGCGUAGUCAGUCUGGAGAGGAACCGAGGCAAGGGCGGCGCUGUGACACAUGGGAUGCGACAUGCGCGUGGGACAUAUGUUGUCUUUGCUGACGCCGAUGGCGCAAGCAAAUUCUCGGAUUUGGGCAAAUUGGUACAGGGCUGUGAACGUGGAAAGGAUAAAUUGGGUCGUGCUGUGGGCAUCGGCUCGCGGGCGCACAUGGUUGGCACUGCGGCAGUUGUGAAGGUGAGUUAACUUCCCCCGGUCUUCCCAUAUGGGAGCGACACGCACAGGACGGAAGCCUUCCAGAAGCUCGCGGCUCUGCCCAACUUUCACAUCACCUCUGAGGUCCCGUCCCUCUUUCUGCUGCAUCUGCACAUGACUGACUCAUCGAUUUCGCAGCGAUCUCUGCUCCGCAACACACUCAUGCGCGCCUUCCAUCUUUGCAUCUGGUUACUCACGACACCCAAAGUCGCCAAGGUCAAGGACACC